GGAAGGCGCCAGUGUUUCCCAUCUCUGCUCUCUACCGCUUCUCCUCCUCCUCCCCUCCCAUCUCUGCAUUGCUCCUUCGUUCUUGUCUCUUGAUCUGCUACCAGUGAUUGCGCAAUCAUGUCUGGCGCACCAGGCGAGUUGAUCGCCGACAUGAUCGCGACUCAGCCACCACGCGAGGUCGCCAACCCGCACAAGUCCAACCCAUUCGCCCUCGACGAUGGCGCCGCAACCGACGACGUCAACAUGGUUCGACGCUUGUCCGUCACCGACGAGGAGAAGACUCCGGGAGUCUCCACGCAGGAGAUGUAUCCCACACCCACCGAAGAGGAAGCCCGCACGCUACGCAAAGUCGCCGACAGCAUCCCCGUUGUGGCAUACAGUCUCUGCGUUGUCGAACUCGCCGAGCGCGCCUCUUACUACGGUGUCCAGACCAUCUUCUCCAACUUCAUGCAGUAUCCCCUUCCAAAGGGUGGCAACGGAGCCGGCGCCCCUCCAGUGGGUACGCAGGAGACGGCUGGUGCGUUGGGCAAAGGCGCACAAUUCUCAAAUGCUAUUGGCCUACUGUUCUUGUUCAUGGCAUACUGCAUUACCAUCUUCGGAGGCUGGCUUGCCGAUACCAAGCUCGGAAGAUACAAAACCAUCUUGCUCGGUGUCCUUAUCUGCGGUGUUUCGCAUAUCAUCAUGAUCUGUGGCGCCAUUCCCUCCGUGCUGCAAGCUCAUCAGGGUCUGGCACCGUUCAUGGUAUCUCUCUGGUUGUUGGCCAUCGGUGCAGCUAUCUUCAAGCCCAACAUUGCCCCGACGAUCCUCGAUCAAUACCGACACCAAAAGCCGUACGUCAAGACGCUCAAGAGCGGCGAACGGGUUGUGAUGGAUCCCGAGGCGACAGUGCAACGCAUCAUGUUGAUCUUCUACGGCAUGAUCAACAUCGGCGCCUUCUACGCCGUCGCCACUACCUUCUCCGAGAAGUACGUCGGCUAUUGGCUUGCAUUCCUCACACCCGGCAUUCUAUACUUCUCGUUGCCCUUCCUGCUGUGGUUCCUGAACAACAAGCUCGUCAAGUACCCACCGGACGGAUCCGUUUUGAACAAGGCGGUGAAGAUGCUCAUGGUCGCCUUCAAGUACAACAAGAAGAGAAUAUUCCGUGCUGGUUUCCUCGAAGCCGCGAAACCUACCGAGCUCCGUGAGCGAGGCGUAACCACCUACCGUGGCAAGGCGUUCGACUGGACCGACAAGGACUGCGACGAGCUCGGCCGCACACUCGAGGCAUGCAUGAUCUUCCUCUACUUCCCCAUCUGGAUCAUCAACGAUGGCGGCGUCGGCAAUCUACUCACCAUCCAAGGCUCGACGAUGACGACCAACGGCGCGCCCAACGAUCUCCUCAGCAACUUCAACUCCCUCGCCAUCAUCAUCACCAUCCCCAUCCUCUCCCAUGGCAUCUACCCCCUCCUGCGCAAGCGCAAUAUCAAGUACGGCCGCAUUUCUCGCAUCAUGACCGGCUUCACCCUCGCCUGGAUCUCCGGCAUCAUCGGCGCCAUCGUGCAAUGGAAGGUCUAUCAGACUGCGCCAUGCGGCUACCAGGCGACCAACUGCGCCGAAGCGGGCACGAGCGUGUCGCCCAUCUCGAUCUGGUGGCAGCUGCCCAACGUCACGCUGGGCGCCAUCUCGGAGUGCUUUGUGAAUGUCACCGGGUACGAGCUGGCGUAUGCGCGCUCAGCACCCGGCAUGAAGGCCAUUGUCUUUUCGUUCUUCUUGUUCACGACUGCGCUCGCCUACGCGCUUGGUGAGGUCUUGACGCCCGCGAUUGCUGAUCCCAAUCUUAUCUGGGCCUGGGCCGCACCGGCAAUCGCACUGUUUGUGCAGUCCAUCAUCUUCUGGUACAAGUACAGGAAGCUGAACGAUGAUGCUUUCAUUGGUACGUCCAUCCGUUCCCCCAUUGAUCAAGAAAGGAUGACGUAUGCUAACACUCACGGUCGAAUAGCAAACGAUGGUCCCUCGGACGAGAAGAAGACUGCGGUCCAAGAGACUGCCGCCGAAGAUGCUGCGCCCCCGUAUGACACGAUCGAGGAGAAGAGAGACUAAGAGAAGGAUGCCUUGAGGGAAAUGGCCCACCUCUUGAUAGUCCUGUGAUAUGUACACGGAGAUCUAAGUUUAAGCUUCCUGUAUUCUUGUACAAUCGCGGCGUCGCCCUCGUAAUAUCGUAUGCAGAUGCCAGCCACUGUGUCGAAGGCGAUCUGGUGGUCUCGCGGUAGAUCGUGACGUGGU